CACGUUGCCGCAAUCCAACGACAUCUGCUACAAAUACCACGACGUCCUGUAUGCAAGACACUUCGGUAACAACAAGACGCUCACCGGUAUCGCCAAACACUACUACUGGCCCCACAUGGCAGAUGACGUACAGGAAUUCGUCACCUCGUGCACUACAUGUCAGCGGAUGAAGAGCAGCAAGCAGAAAAAGGCGGGUCUGCUACAGCCUCUUCCUGUCCCAGAACAGCCAUGGCAAGUGGUCAGCAUAGACUUCAUCACCGGGCUACCAACUACCACAAGCGAUCAUGACGCGAUCCUCGUCGUCAUUGACAAGUUCUCUAAAAUGGGACACUUCAUCCCAACACACACCAUAGCAUGCACCGAGGAGACGGCACAAAUCUUUGUUUGCUACAUCAUCCCACAACAUGGCAUUCCGACCACACUCAUCUCCGACCGAGACCCUAAGUUCACCAGUAAAUUCUGGAAAGAACUGAUGUCUCUACUCGGGACCAAACUCGCCAUGUCAUCCACCUACCAUCUGCAGACAGAUGGACAGACCGAGCGCCUCAACCAAAUUGUGGAGCAACUCCUCCGAGCAGCCUGUAAGGACGACAUCUCCAAAUGGGACUUGCAUCUGCCUGUCCUGGAGUUUGCCUACAACAAUGCUACUCACGCCGCUACUGGACAGACGACGUUCUUCCUCUGUUACGGACGCCACCCGCUCACACCUCAACAGCCAAACAUACCAGCCAUAGUCCAACCCGCUCAUGAUUUCAUCACGACCAUGCACAAACUAUGGGAUCGGACCCACAAGCGCCUUCUCGACAUUCAACAACAACAGAAGUGCCAAGCCGAUCGCCACAGCACAGACCACACCAUUACCAUGGGAGACCGAGUACUGCUCGACACGCGCAAUCUUGACAUCGGCCGUCUCCCAUCCAAACUGUGACCUUGCUUCUGUGGGCCUUUUCU